AGUUGGACGCAACAAUGAGGUGGAUGACGCCAUUGGACCGGCAAACGCGCGUCACAAAAUCGUUGUUAUGGGUGCGGCAAAAGUCGGCAAAACCUCCAUAAUCACACAAUUUCUAUACAACACAUUUAGCACCAAAUACAAAAGGACCAUCGAGGAAAUGCAUCAAGGCAACUUUUCAAUCGCCGGCGUUAGCCUGACGCUGGAUAUUCUAGAUACGGCCGGCUCCUAUGAGUUUCCAGCAAUGCGCGCCCUCUCCAUCUCAUCGGCGGAUGCAUUUAUUCUGGUAUAUGAUGUCACCGAAGCUUCCACAUUCGAGGAGGUUCGCAUGAUACGCGAUCAAAUACACGAGACCAAAGCGACCUCAGCUGUACCCAUUGUGGUUGUUGGCAAUAAAAUUGACCUAGUCGCCGAAAGAGAGGAUGCCAGAAAGGUUGAAUAUGCCACAACAGAAUCUGUGGUUACCUUAGACUGGGAAAAUGGUUUCGUCGAAGCGUCUGCAGCCAAAAAUGAAAACAUAACGCAGGUCUUCAAGGAGCUUCUGUCGCAGGCGAAAAUCACGUACAAUCUGAGUCCAGCACUACGACGCCGUCGACAAUCGUUGCCACAGCAAGUAGGCAAUAAUGGAGCAGGCACACCAACACAUCAUCAUCCACACUUAGCAAACACAUCGGCAGCGGGCAGCGCACAUGCAGCGACCUUGCCUUCGCAUGCCCCAACGGCGGCGCAAUUGCAACAUUUACAAAGGAUACAGGAACGCAGUUUGGGCAGCAAACGUAAUUCGUGUACCAUAUCCUAAAGUCAAUAAGCAUACACAUGAAGUGCACAUGCGCACACAUACACCAGCAUUGCACAAAUUUCAAAUGGGAGCGAAUGCAAAUGCGAAAAGGCACGUAAUUUUUUAAUGCCCUUACUUAGUAAUGGAGGAAAUGCAUUAAUCUUGGCACCUGCUUUCAGGUAAAUUCUGCGGGAACUAACAAUGUAAAUAUGCUGUUGUGUGCGAGUGCAUGUGUGCGUUAGUGCAUUUUCACUAAAAACCAGAACUAAAAUAAAUAUAAGGGGAUAAAAUUCAACCUAAAAAUACAUACAUACAUAUGCACAUAGAUAUACUACAAACAUACAUGUGUACAGAUGAUUGGAGUAUGGAGCUUUCCUGUAAGUUCUUUGCAACAAAAUUUGACAAAACAAACAUGUAGAAAUUUAGAAGAGAUUUAUAAUCAUUUUAAGUUCUUCUACUUCCGACUGAAAUUAGGAACUCAUGCAAUAACACU